AUGUUGUCUCGCUGGAUUCGGCCGUCGUGCCGGCCGAUGAUUUCGGCCGCACGCAGAGCCUACUCGGUUUUGCCGACCACUUAUGAAGGCGAGAAGGUUGUUUUAGACGAGAUGGCCUCGAAAAUGGGCGCUGAGGAGCGCUCCAGACAGAAUCGCAUGCGAAACAUUGGUAUCUCUGCCCAUAUCGACUCGGGUAAGACCACUUUUACCGAACGUGUUUUGUUCUAUACUGGCAGAAUCGAAGCCAUCCACGAGGUCCGUGGCCGUGACAAUGUUGGUGCCACCAUGGACUCGAUGGCGCUCGAGCGUGAAAAAGGUAUCACCAUCCAGUCUGCAGCUACCUACUGUUCGUGGGAGAAGAAGCAGCCCGUCACCGGUGAGGUCAACAACUACCACGUUAACCUGAUUGAUACCCCUGGCCACAUUGAUUUCACUAUUGAGGUCGAGCGUGCGCUGCGGGUUCUCGAUGGUGCAGUUCUCGUUGUCUGCGCUGUUUCCGGUGUUCAGAGUCAAACUGUCACUGUAGAUCGCCAGAUGCGCCGCUACAAUGUUCCCCGUGUUACUUUUAUCAACAAGAUGGAUCGUAUGGGUGCCAAUCCUUGGCGGGCUAUUGACCAGAUCCAGAAGAAACUCAAGAUCGCCGCUGCCGCUGUUCAGGUGCCUAUUGGCGCCGAGGACGACCUCCAGGGUGUCGUUGAUAUUAUCUACAACCGUGCUUUGUACAAUCGUGGCUCUCAGGGUGAGACCAUUGAGGAAGGACCCGUUCCCGAAGAGCUCAAGGAGUUGGUUGCCGAGAAGCGCCAACUCUUGAUUGAGACUCUUGCUGAUGUUGAUGAGGAGAUGGCUAUGAUUUUCUUGGACGAGCAAGAGCCUACUGCUGAGCAAAUUGUUGCUGCUAUCCGCCGUGCUACUAUUGCUCGUCAGUUCACUCCUGUGCUUAUGGGCUCGGCUUUGGCUAACCGCUCUAUCCAGCCCGUUCUAGAUGCUGUUUGUGAUUACUUGCCCGAUCCCACUGAAGUUCUCAAUACUGGUCUUGAUAUCAGCGAGAAUGGUAAGGAGGAGCCUGUUGUUUUGCCCUCUGAUUCUCAACAGCCCUUCCUCGGCUUGGCUUUCAAGCUCGAAGAGGGCCGCUUCGGCCAGCUGACCUACAUCCGCGUUUACCAGGGUAAGCUGAAGAAAGGUAUGAUGAUGACCAACGUCCGCACCGGCAAAAAGACCAAGCUCGCUCGUCUCGUCCGUAUGCACUCUAAUGAGAUGGAGGAUAUUAACGAGGCAGGCGCUGGUGAAAUCUGUGCCACCUUUGGUAUUGACUGCUCUUCAGGUGACUCGUUCACUACCGGUGCAAAGAUGGCUAUGUCUUCCAUGUUUGUUCCUGAGCCGGUUAUCUCGCUGAGUAUUCAGCCCAAGUCCAAGGAUACCCAGAACUUUUCCAAGGCCAUCAAUCGUUUCCAAAAGGAGGACCCCACUUUCCGCGUCCGCUACGAUGAAGAGUCUAAGGAGACUAUCAUUUCAGGCAUGGGUGAAUUGCAUCUUGAAAUUUACGUCGAGCGUAUCAAGCGUGAGUACAAUGUUGAGUGCACCACUGGCCGUCCUCAGGUUGCAUACCGUGAAACGAUUACUGCGCCAGCUUCUUUCGAGUACACACACAAGCGCCAAAGUGGUGGUGCUGGUCAGUAUGCUAAGGUUAUGGGUGAUUUGAGCCCUGCUGCCGCCCCCGAAAUCAACGAGUUCGAGACGGCAGUUGUUGGUGGUAAGAUCAGCGACAAGUUCCUUGCUGCUUGUGAAAAAGGUUUCCAAGAUGCUAUUCUCAAGGGUCCGCUCACCGGACACCGUGUUCUUGGUGUCAAAAUGCUCAUUAACGAUGGUCAGGUGCACGUUGUCGACUCUAGUGAGUUUGCUUUCCGAACUGCCACCAUUGGUGCGUUUAACGAGGCAUUCUUGAACGCCCAGCCUAUCGUCCUUGAGCCUAUUAUGGACGUUGCCGUCACUGCGCCUGCCGAGUUCCAGUCUGCAGUUAUCGGUCUUCUUAACAAAAACACUGCCAUCAUCUCCGACACUGAGGUUGGCCAGGACGAGUUCACCAUCUACGCUGAGUGCUCGCUGAACAACAUGUUUGGAUUUGCCACGGCCCUUCGUGCUUCAACUCAAGGAAAAGGUGAGUUCACUCUUGAGUUCAAGAAUUAUGCUCCCGCUCCUGUCCCGUUGCAGAAGGAGCUGAUUGACAAGUUCAACAAAAAGAAGUAA